GGACAGUGAUACAUACACCCAUGAACCGGCACCCAUUUUUACACCCAAAUUGGUUUAAACAGUAAAAUUACAAAUUUACCCUUCUCCCUAAAUCUAUUUCCCGCAGAACAAAUCCCAACAAAACUCAAGGAUUCAAGCACAUUCAACAACCAAAUCUCAGCAAAAUUCAAGCAUUCAAGCACAUUCAACAACCAAAUCCCAGAAAAACUCAAGCAUUUCACCAAAUCCAUCCAUCCAAAAAAGAAAAAAAAUCAGAAUUUCUCUGGUGAUGAAGAUUAGAGAUGGGUGAUUGAUGAUGAAGAAGAAUGAUCGGUGAUGAAGGUGGAGGAUGAUGAAGAUCGGUGAUGAAGGUGGAGGAUGAUGAAGAUCGGAGAUGACGGGUGAAAAUGGUGAUUAGAGGAUGAUGGAAGAAAAAGAGGAGGAAGGAGGUGCUGGUUACAUCGCUUCUGCCCUGACCAGGAAGCUUUUAGAUGAAGGAUACACCGUCCAUGGAACAUUGAGGAACUUGGGUGAUGCAUCAAAGUUCAAGAAUACUACUGAGGCUGCAGUUGCCACGGCAAAGACUAUAGCAAUGUCUUGUGUUAGAUUAGGUGUGAGACGAUUGAUCUAUGCUGCUUCUAUUGUUUCUGCUUCAUCAUUGAAAGAUGGUGGAAGUGGUUACAAAGAUUCCAUGGAUGAAACUUGCUGGGCUCCUCUAAGUCUUUCAGCCGAUUUCUCUUACGAUCAUCUUGCAGCUUACAGAGAUUCCAAGACACAGUCCGAGAAAGAAAUACUGAGCUAUGGAAGCAGUAUUGAGGAAGGCAGAGGACUAGAGGUGGUUACUCUUGGAAUUGGAAGAGUUUGGGGAGAAAUCCCAAUUGUGCAUGUCAAUGAUGUCUGUGAUGCCUUUAGUUUCUGCUUGAACCAAGCUUCAAUCAAUGGCAGAAUCUUAUGUGCUAGCUCGUUCGUUUCAUCUGCGGAAAUCGCAGGGUACCUAGAAGGAACAAAGAGGGAGGUCCAGUGGGGCUCCACCAGACUCAUGGAGAAAGGAUAUGAAUACAGAUGUGAUACAAGGAUGAUAUUAGAUGAUUGUGUGAGGUGUGCGAGGAGGACUGGCUAUCUCCAAAAGUAAUUUUAUCUUUUUUCAGCUCUAGAUUUUAUUUUUCGAAGUUUAGAAGGCAGAUUUACGGUUCAAUUUGUGCACACCAAACUAGUUUGAUCAUAUACUCAUGUCUUGAGACUAUAUUUUUUGUUUCAUCAAUAUGAGGUUGACUGGAAUCAAUGCUUAAAUUCUUC